UGUGCAGGCAAACACGAUACAGAGGUGUUAUUUAAUCGUUGGGACGUUUGGGGUCACUACCGUGAUAAACGCCCAUUUCUUACAGCAUCGAAAAGGUGCAUCAACCAGACCUGUUUUGGAUAAAAUGCAAAUGCAUUUAAAAUUACAAGAAGACUUCGAUGAACAGGUGGCCAGGGAAGUGUAAUGAAUGAAACCUCUGUGUUUUGAAUUGCCUCAACCAAGCCACACGUUUCGCCUGUCGUAAAUUUUGAUUGGCAAAAUGCUUUUUAGUACGUGAAAAUCUUGGCAUAACGAGUGAUUAUCUCAACAACACUACAAAGUUUCGAUGCUUCUUCAAGAAGGGAUGGUAAUUCGGUCGAAAACCGAAUCCAACUUCGAAGACUCGCUGCCUGCGCGCGGCGUAGCGAAGGAUCGGGUUAUUAUCAAUGUAGGAGGGUAUCGCCAUGAGACGUACUUAAGCACACUUAAAGUUGUACCGGAUUCGCGGCUGGCUUGGAUAGCUGAAAAUGCUUCAAAGCAAGCUGAGUAUGACCCCGAGAACAACGAGUAUUUCUUUGACCGACAUCCAGGGGUAUUCGUCAGUAUUAUCAAUUACUAUAGGACCGGCAAGCUGCACAGCCCGAUCGAUGUUUGCGGGCCGCUAUUUGAAGAGGAGCUGGCUUUUUGGGGUAUCGAUGAGUUACAGAUGGAACCUUGUUGUUGGAGUAAUUACACGCAACAUAGAGAUGCACAAGCCACUCUUAAGGCCUUCGAAGGCUUGCAGAAAAGUGUCGAGGAAUCCGAAAACGAAAACAGUCCAUUCAAAGUUCGAAAGAAGGUUUCAUCGCGAAUGAAGUGGAAAAGCGAAAUUUGGGCCAUGUUGGAAGAACCAUACUCUUCGAAAUACGCGCAGAUUUUUGCAAUGGUGUCUUUGAUCGUGAUCAUCUUGUCAGUAGCAACGUUUUGUAUGGAAUCUAUAGAAAAGCUGAAACAAAAUUACAAGGGCUUGUUUGAAGGCAUGGAAUACUUCUAUCUCGUUUGGUUUUCAGCAGAUUUACUGGCGAGACUGCUGACAUGCCCUUCUCUGGUAACUUUCUUCAAAACGUUCAUGACAUGGGUUGACAUUGCAUCUGUAAUACCACUUUACGUUAAUUUGGCAAUUGGUGACGAAGAAACAAGUGUGUCAGGCACCCUUAACUUUCUUUUCGUUCUCCGGUUGAUCAGGAUUUUCAGGUUAUUCAGGUUUUUCCGGACCAUGAGUGGUAUGCAAGUGAUCGGGCACACACUCAGGGCCAGCGCUAGGGAGCUGUUUCUCCUGAUUCUUAUCCUCUUGAUCCCUAUGGUUAUUUUCUCCACGUUGGUUUUCUACGCAGAAAAGAGUCAUCAAGAAAGGGAUUUUUACAGCAUCCCAGAAGCCUUUUGGUGGGCUGUAAUUACCAUGACAACAGUGGGCUACGGUGAUGUUCAUCCCAAGUCUUUCCUUGGAAAGAUUAUUGGUACGGUUUGCGCAUGCGUAGGAGUUCUAAUCGUGGCACUUCCUGUCUCAGUGAUUGGCAGUAAUUUCACGUUGUUUUACUCUCACGCACAAGCUCAGUUGAAACUUCCGAAAAAGAAAAAAACACCGCUUUUACUCGGUGCUGCAGGCGCACUCGUAUCCGAGUCCACUUUGUACAACAACGACGGAAACUCAAACAUUUCCGAAGACGGGGAAAGUCCAACCCCUCGGGAAGAAGCCUUGGCUUUACCUCGAAAGAGUCUUCGGAAUCCAUCGAUAACUCCUCGUUGUCGUUCGGUUCGACGAGAAACUGCAUUACCACCCGCUGCAUUACCAACAUUAGAGUCGGACGCCUCAGAAAUAGACCGUACUUCCAAUGGGAAGAAGAGUAUGGAGGAGUUGUUCUCAUCACCCCCGACGGGUAGCGCACUAGAUAUCUCCAGCGGUCUCAAGGGGGCCAGUGACGUUAUGCUAAAUAUAACAGCUCCUACGCACGUACACCGUCGCAUGGCGAUUUCUCCCGCACCGUCUCCUCCGGUAAGAAAAAACAGUCAGCGUAGGAGACGGCGGGGUGGAAGUAAGCGAUUGGCCAAUCGUGGCAACGGAGAUGCAUCAUCCAACGAGAAGGAUCGCGAUAGUUAUUACACCACUACGGACGGGGAUAGCCCUGGGGAAAGUGAAAGCCACCUGCAAUCUAAGCCGGAACAUACCGAGCAGGACAGGAACAGCGUAGCACUAGGAUCUUCAAACGAGUCAAACACCUCGGAGCACAAGAAUGCCACUGCCAAAGUGGCUUUUCUUUCGGACAGUAAAACGGAAGAUGACAUGCGCGCGCGGAGUGACUCUAGCAAUCAUGCGAGGAUAGCAGGAGUGACGUUUGACUCAAGUGAAGACUUCGUUGAGGAAAAAGGGGAACAGGACAGGAACAUUACUAAAAUAGACCCAGCCCCACCUUGGAAAUCCACCGAAAGUUUGAGCAGUGACAGAUCACAUCACAACAAACAGCUUGUGGAACCUCGGCAGAGGUCUAAAACUGAACUGGUUUCCAGCGACACUCCGCCAUGUAAGAGGAGGAAUGCCAUAGGUGGAAAUCGUGGAAUAUCUGCAUUGCCCAUCUCACCACUUGUCAGAUCCGAGGAGAGAAUUCAAAAAACCCCACCACAUGAAUUUGUCGGGGACUCUAAAGCCAGGAAAUACACCAGCAAUGUAAGACAUUCUCAGAGCAACGAUAAAGAUCCUCAGCAAGAAUUGAAAAAUUUGCCGCAUUCUGCGCCAUCUCAGGUUAAAAAUGCAGUGGAAUCUGAGAGUAGAGACGGUAGAAAAGACAUCCUGAGGCCGAACAUAAGAGGAAAUAAACGAGAUAGCAUUCAGAAUAUGACUCGCGUCUGACCACAGUAAGAGCACAUUUUAAUACGAUGUGCAAGAGGGGAUGUGGGCUACGCAGAGCAGAAAACGGGGCUCUCGUGUUACUAUCACUACAUCCUUACUCCCCAGGCUUGAGGAAAAACCGUGAAAGCAUAGCUUCCACAGUUCCCUCAGAUCAUAACGUUAUUCACUUUUUUCCCACGAAGCACAGUAACGAGUUCAGGAACUUGAUUGGUUCUUAGCGCAGCCCGACCUUACCGAACGGUCACGGUGACGUUUUCGUGAAUUUUUGUCCAUGCGUUCACUUGUUAUCAGUUGAAUAUUAUUUGGUUAGGCCAGGGGUAGGUGUGCAGUAAUACUGACAUUGAUCCAAUCCAAAAAUUCAAUACUCUGAAGGUUAGAACUUGUUCCAUUAUGGUCAUACCGCUCUAACCAGUAGUGUGUGAGUGUGUGCGUGUAUGGAAAAAAUUCAAAAAAGUGAUUUCAGAGAUAGAAAAAACGAAUAAGGUGUUUGGCGGCCUAGGGUCUGUCUGUAUGUUGCAACUACCAAAAUGCAAAUAACACAAUUGAAAUUUUUCAAAAUCUUUGCCGAACUAUCAAAAACCUAACUUGAGGGAACAUUUUGUGGAGCUACUCACACUUUCAUACAAAUACUAUUUGGGUUUUCUUGCUGCAGACGAACUGUCCAUUGAAGUUCUUGAAUAGGGGGCUUCUGUCUACAAUGGGAAUUAUUUUGGUAACCUAAAUCGAGUAUUCGUUAUAAACUCCCACUCGGUUAAAAUCAAACCAAAAUUGUAUAAAUUUUAAAAUCAUAAUGAACCAUUUUAGCACCAAGAAUAUAAUUAAUUCCAAAGAAGUAUCAUUUCAGGACUGAAAGACAUUUUUAAAGGUGACCCUAUUGUUUAUAAAAAAUUAUGUAUAAAAUAAUCAUUUAUUAAAGACAGGUCACUGUUGAAAAUUUAAACAUGCCUUCAAGGCAAAAUUGAACUAUUUGUUGUCAGUUUUCACUAAAGCUUCUUACAGAAAGAGCUAAAUGGGUGGAAUAUAUUGUGUUUGUAUGUUGUUUGAAAACUCACCACCAAAAAAAGAGUAAGUUUAAAUAAAUUAUUGUUUAUUAGUAUUUUUAG